AUGGAGAGGAGUUUCUUAUCAACCGUGGAGAAGAUCCCAAGGUCACCGACUAAGGAAUUCAAGAAUAUUUUGUGUGUAAUUGAGGAGUCCAAGGACUUGACCAUACUCUCGAUUGACGAGCUUGCUGGGUCUUUAGAGGCACACAAACAACGAAGGAGAACAAUAUUGUUUAAGUCACUUGAUCAUGUACUUCAGGCAAAACUUGACCUAAAAGGAGGUGCUCAGAACACUCGAGGUCAAGUUGGUCUUAAAGGAAGAGGCCGAGGAGGUUGUGGCAAAAUGAUGAUGGAAGUUAUUAUGAAGAUGACAAGGAGCAAACUAGUUAGUGCAUGGUCAUGGGGAAAAGGGAGACCAAGGAGGUCGAUCAAAGGCAAAGGUGAAAUAGUGAAGGUUGAUCUGGAAAGUGAAAUUAUUGAUUUGAGGGUAAAAAUCAUUGAAGACCUUCUGGAAUUUGUUAUUGGUUCGGCUUAUGAAGUAGAAAUGGUGUCUAUAUUCUCUCAGAUUGAAUUUCCUAACAUAUCAUUGCAUGAUGACCAUAUAAUUGAAGCUCUUAGGAAGCUUCCUGUCACGAAGUAG